AUGUCGGAUACAAACCUCUCGAAAAAUGACCUGGAAGAAAUCUGCCAUGGCCUUGGUGUCUCUACUGAGGGAACAAAAGCUGAACUAAUUCAGAGGAUUAGAGCUGAACAGUCAGAAAAAAUAAGAAAGGUACCUUGUGAAGAUGGUGACGAAGACGAGACAAUGGGUUCCGAAAACCUAAAUGAAGACGAUGAAAUAUGCGAACAUAACCCUCAGAUGCAAACAUUGAGAGAGCUCGCGCAGAAAUCAAGGGGAAAAGCAAAGAUGGCACUACCAAAAACCACUGCACAAAAUAUAGAGGAUCUAAAUGGUCAACAGCAAGCAAAUAGGGAAAUGUCAGAGAAUGGAAAGAAAUCAAGAAAACGGAACUACCAAGAUAGUGGUGAAAAUGAGAGUCCAGAAACCUUGGAACGCAAAAUAUUGGCAGAAUUCAAAAAGUUGGAAAACGUG